CCUUCAAACUCUCCCUAACCCUUAAAAAUGUUUAUAUCAGACAACCCUUUAACUUGGGAUAUAAAUCAGUUUGGUUAUAGUUUUCUUAACAACAUGAAUUAUGAUCCACGCUAACAACUUAUGGGAUGAUAAACCACAACAAGUCAACAACAGACUUAAUAAUACAUCUUGACCCAGAAAUUCAAGUAUCUGAUGCAUGUUUACAUUCUCCUAUGUUGUAUUGAAUUUACUCAUUCUGAUCAUUGUCGGAUAUUAUCUUUUGCACUUGGAUUUCAAGCACAUUUUUUGUUUUCUAAAUAUCAUUAGUCAACACACGACCCAUGGUUUUCUACAAUUCAAGUAUUACACUUAAAAAAAAUUGGAUUUAGUAUGCUACCUAUCUUUCGUGAUUAUACAGUAUAAACAGACAGCCCAUGAUUUCUUUGACCACAGGGAAUGUGCUUGUUGACUCUAUCAGUUUCACUACCAUCUUUGAGGCCACCAGAAUGUGCACCAGGCAUAGCAGACCAUAACUGCCCCAAGGCAUCAACAUUGCAAAAGGGUAUUUUCUUCCUUGCCCUGUAUAUCAUUGCCGUAGGCACAGGGGGGACCAAGCCAAACAUUUCUACAAUGGGAGCAGACCAAUUUGACGAGUUCGAGCCCAAAGAGAGAUCCUAUAAGCUUUCUUUCUUCAAUUGGUGGUUUUUUAGUAUUUUCCUGGGUACCCUAUUCUCCAACACUUUCUUAAUUUACAUACAAGACAAUGUGGGUUGGGCUGUUGGGUACGGCCUUCCAACCAUUGGACUUGGUAUUUCAAUAUUUGUUUUUAUGGUAGGAACUCCAUUGUAUAGGCACAAAUUGCCCUCAGGAAGCCCUUUGACUAGGAUGCUCCAAGUCUAUGUGGCUACUUUUCGAAAGUGGAAAUCAUGCGUCCCAGAAGAUCCAAAAGAGCUGCAUGAGUUGAGUAUGGAAGAUUAUGCUUGUAAGGGGAGAAACAGAAUUGAUCGCAGCACUUCAUUGAGUUUCCUUGACAAAGCAGCUAUAAAGACCGGCCAAACGUCGCCAUGGAUGCUUUGUACAGUGACACAAGUUGAGGAAACCAAACAAAUGACAAAAAUGAUUCCUAUUCUGAUUACAACAAUUAUGCCAAGCACAUUGAUGAUUCAAUCGACCACACUCUUCAUUAAACAAGGCAUCACACUAGACAAGAGAAUGGGACCCCAUUUUGAUAUUCCUCCGGCGUGUCUGACAGCAUUUGUAACUAUCUUCAUGCUUAUAAGCAUUGUAGUCUAUGACCGUGUUUUUGUGCCAGUGAUUCGGCGGUACACAAAGAACCCCAGAGGGAUAACAAUGCUACAAAGACUAGGAAUUGGCCUUGUGCUGCACGUCAUUAUAAUGGUCACUGCAUGUUUGGCUGAGAGGAAGCGACUAAGUGUUGCAAGAGAAAAUGGUCUCUUUGGCCAGCAUGACACCCUUCCUCUUACUAUUUUUAUUCUGCUACCCCAGUUUGCCUUGACAGGGGUUGCUGAUAACUUCGUUGAUAUUGCCAAGAUGGAAAUCUUCUAUGAUCAAGCACCAGAAGGCAUGAAAAGUCUCGGAACAGCGUAUUUCACAACCAGCUUAGGUUUAGGAAGCUUUCUCAGUACUGUUCUUCUGUCUGCUGUUGCUAAUAUCACCCAAAGACAUGGUCACAAGGGAUGGAUAUUAAAUAACCUAAACACUUCCCGUUUAGAUUAUUAUUAUGUAUUCCUGGCAAUACUAAGCUUACUCAACUUCCUUUUCUUUGUGGUUGUUGCCAAGUUUUAUGCAUAUAAUGUUGAUGUAACACAAAACAAAUAUGGCUUGGAGAUGAUCCUUGCUUCAACUCAGGAGGACAAUGCUAAAAUAAGGCAAAGCACUCCACAACCAGAUGCCAAGUCAUGGGAAAAUAAGGCUGUUGUUCCUUCUGCUAGCCCUUAAAAAAAUAAAUAGCUUUAGAUUUGUCUUCUUGUGACUUCUUUCUUUCUUCACUUAUCAUUUCCGAUUAACGAGCUUAAAGCUAAAUGCAAUGGUCUUUUCUUGUUUACUAGGAACAUUAACAUGGUCAUAAAUAAUAGAGCUUAUGAUAAGACAUUAUAUUGGG